AUGAAGUCUAGAAACAAUAAAGGGAAAAGAAAAGUGGGUGCUAGAAAGUCCAUGUUAGUAGGUGGAUUUUCAGGGUUUGCUAGAAGGUCUAAGUAUUCUACUGCUCAGAGCAAGGGAUAUGGGACUGAUAGGGGGCAUAAUCAGCUCCUACUGGGUGAUAUUGAAGAGCACAAAUCUGUUGAUAUGAAGUGGUUAGGUUGGAAUAUCAGAGGGAGUGGAAGGACUAGGAAGAUGAGAAAAAUUAGGAAGAUCUUGGGAGAUAGGAAAAUGAUUUGGCUUUAUUUCAAGAAACAAAAAAAGGCAAGCUUUUCAUGUGUGGAUGUUAAAAGAUUGUGGCCUAGAGACAAAAUGGAGUUCAUGGUUGUUGAUGUUGAGGGUAGGGCAGAGGGGCUGCUUUGCAUACGGGAUCUUGAUGUGUUUCAGCUCUCAGAUUGUUGCAACAAUAGACAUUUCGUUUUGUUUGCAGGUACUGUCUUUAACUCUUUUGAUUGUGCUGUUAUUAAUGUGUAUGCUCCUAAUGAUCUUGUGAGGAGAAGCAAAUUAUGGGAGAUUCUAGUAAACUUGAAAGCAAGGUUCACUACACAUUGGUGUGUAGGUGGAGAUUUUAAUGAAAUUAGAACUAUGGAUGAAAGAGUGGGUUGUUCAAGAAGGGAAAGGGGUAUGAAAAACUUCAAUGAUUUCAUAAAUAGGUGUGAGUUGACUGAGUUACAAAUGUUGGGUAGGAAAUUCACCUGGUGUAAUGCAGUUGAUGUCAAUAAAUGGAGUAAAAUUGAUAGAUUUCUUUUGAGCCCUGAGUGGAUUGAAAGAUUCAAGCUCAAACUGUGGGGAUUAUCUAGACACAUUUUUGAUCAUUGUCCUCUACUUUUAAUGGAGGAUGUAAGGGACUGGGGACCCAAACCCUUUAAGUUCACAAAUGCUUGGUUGCUGCACCUCAGUUUUGCAUCCUUUUUGGAUAGAGUUUGGUAA